AUGGACGCGAUAAAAAUCACGCGAGGAAGGACAAGGAGGAGCCAAGGCGCCGGCGACGCGCUGGGAGGACCGAGCCCGGCGGCCGCGGGGGGCCCCGAGAGCAGCCCCCGAGCGAAGGAGCUGGCGGCGGGAGCGCCGGCCCCCUCGAGGAGGAGGCAUCGGGAAGGGCGAGGGGGAAGCGGCCCUGGAGGGCGGCAGAGCCCCCAUAUCCCCGUUCGCUCGAAGGCCCGGCGGCGCGGUCCGAAGUUCGGGCUGAGAACCGGAGAGCGGCGCCGAGGGGAGCGGCGGGAUGGGCGCCGGGCUGGCCUCCCUCCCCCAGGCCGGGAGCGGCAUCGCUGUUCGGCCGUGCAGGUCCAGCCCAGCAGAACAGCUUAUCCUCCAUCGCCCACAAACGCCCUGCUGGGGUGUCAAAUCUGCCCCAGCGUCUGUCUGGACAUUUUCUCCUACCCAGAAGAGCAAGACUGUGACACUCAUGAGAGAAGUCUGGAGAAGCAAGCCCUCCUCUCACGUGGACACCAGGCACUAGAUAAAUUUGGCAUUGAAGUCAAAAAGAGAAGGAAAUGUAGCACCAUGUGUCAUCAGAUUACCAAAGAUAGUACAGUCCUUAUCAAUCUAUGAAUGCUGAAUGGAAGAAUUAACUGCACUGACCCUUUUGGGAAACUACAUUUUAUCCUGGGAAAGUGGAGAAAAAGAGAAAUCACUCAAUCACUUCUAAGAAUGAUUUAAAAAAACAGACCAGUUGAAAGCAAUCUCUCCACCCUGUCAGGUUACACAGUUGGUUCAAAAAUAUUUCAUGCCAUGCCUCAACCGUAAACACUAACAGUAUUCAGGCUGUAGUUUUGAUUGCAAAACGUCACUACAGUCCUAGAUGCAUUGUUUCAUUCAUCUGAAUUUCUUUCCAAUGGACAUUUACCUCUGAACUUUCUGGAUUUACAGUGACUACUUCUGUAAUUAUUUCUUUGUGCCUGUGAUUUUUCACCCACAAAUUACAAAUACUUGCUCUCAGCAUGACCAUAGAAUUUCAAGAGCUUUCUUUUCUCCUUGGUAUUUGCUCUGCUUCCACUCAAUCCUAUACCAGUAAGUGAGUACCUAUAAACAAGUAAAUCCAGGGACAGGAACUGUAAUACCUAUAUAUUAUUUAGCUACUGGCUUUCAAAACAGAGGGCAGAUUCAGAGCAGAUGGCAUCCUAACUGAAUAAAUGGUUCAACUUGACCUUUCUGUGCUUCUACCUUCCUUUCUCCCAAUCAGUUCCACCUAUCAUUCCUCACAUAUUCUGCAAAUAAAAUCAAACAUCAUUUGCUUGUGUUCCUGUCAGCCUACACAGAAUUGUCUCGUGUUAUUACUGUUAUUUACGUGACCCAGGUGACAUAUUGAUGAAAACAUACUCAGAGCACAGAGACUUCUCUACCCACUCCAGAGCAAUGGUGUCAACAACAAUCUACAAUCAACCAACAAUACAAAUUACUAUCAUGUAGUAUGAUCAUUUACAAAACUGAUUUUUAAGGAGCAUUCUUUUGCAAUUCCCUCAUCUGUAAAUUCUGACCUUCACAUUCACAUCUCCAGGUACCUGCCCUUCCUGUUCCUCUCGGUUCUCAUUCUGAACUCACUACCACACUCUGAAAAAGCAGAUUCCCACAACUGUUUUACAAUCUUCUGCUGAAAUUGUUCCUCACUGUAAAAUCUGCAAAUGAAAAUUCUCUCCAAUUGUAUAUUAAAAGCACGUGAUAUUUUCUUUUGGUGGCUUCUCUAAGUCAUUUAAAUGUACUGACACCAGCAGAGUUAUUAAUAUAAGUUUUCUGAUACCCUUUUUUCAAUCUGUUCCUUUCCAGUUCUGCUAGACAUGAGGGGUUCCCAAGGAA